CUUCAAUAUAUCCUUAGCUAUCUGCAAAAUCUGCAGUGUCCAAGAUGUAUUUCUCAAGAUUUGCCACCUCCCUCUACCUGCUAUCCUUUGCUUUCCUUCUCCAAACCAUCGCUGGAACUGACCCUCUGUACCAUUUCUGUUCAAGCUCUCAGAAGUUCAUAGAUAAUGGCACAUAUGAGACCAACUUGAACAAGCUCAUGGGCUAUCUCUACUUAGCAGCUCCUCCCACAGGUUUUAGGAAAGGUUCAGUUGGUGAGAACAAUGACCAAGUGAACGGGCUUGCUCUCUGUCGAGGUGAUGUCUCAAACACAGACUGCAAAGCCUGUAUUACCGAAUCAAGCAGCGAAAUCCGCAAACGCUGCCCAGACAACAAAGCUGCAAUCAUAUGGUAUGAUUACUGCCUUUUGAAAUACUCAAACGUGAAUUUCUUUGGUCAAGUUGAUCAUCAGAACAUGUUCUAUAUGUGGAACUUGAAUAAUGUAAGUGAUCCUGAUUCAUUUAAUCAAAAGACAAAGGAGCUGCUAAGCAACCUAGCCCAGCAAGCUUUUAACGCCAUGAAAAUGUAUGCCACCGGAGAACUAGAGCUGGAAGAAUCCGAAAAACUAUACGGAUUGACUCAAUGCACCAGGGAUCUGUCCAGCAGUGAUUGUAAGAAGUGUCUUGAUGAUGCAAUAAGUAAACUUCCAAACUGUUGUGAUGGCAAAGAAGGAGGGAGGGUUGUUGGGGGGAGUUGCAACAUAAGAUAUGAGAUUUACCCCUUUGUCAAUUCUUAGAGAACCUAUCUUGUUCUCUAGAGUUUGCGGAUCAGUAUAUUACAAUAGAUAAAUGAAGUACUGUUGUACACACUUAAAUUUCUCAUGUUUGGGGAUUGGGGUAUCAUGUCAGUGAUGUCACUACACUUUCAUCUGUUUGCUUGUAUUUUAUCUCUAAAUCAUAGAUGUUCUUGAGUAUAAAAUUUCCCUGUUGU